GUAGUAUGAAGUUUGACUGGAGUGAACAAAAUGUUUACUUGUACUCCAACCUUCCAUGAAAAACAGAAUCCAUACAACAAGGUGUAAAUCCAAGCACAUUCCAUCUUGAAAAAUGAUCAAUAUGGAGUUAUAUAUAUUAGUUAGAAUUUAAAAAUGGAAAGAAACAAAGAAUCCAAUGUACCACUUUUGUUUAUUUAUACUUCAAAACCUUUUCUAAUUGCCAUCUUUCGGAUGUGCUCAAUGGCGGCUAACGCUAGCCACCAAGCAGAACCAGGGGUAGUUCUGUAGCUUCAACCAGAGUUAGACGAGCCAAUUGUAUCUAUCUCAAAAUUCAGUGUACAGAAACAUUUUAUAUCUUGGGGAAAAGGUUCAGUCUUAAUGCUACAAAUUUUAUAUUUGGGUCAAUUCCCUUUUAUUUUUAUUAAAUUCUAGCUGAGGUGUAACUCCCCUUCAAAUUUUAUAUGUUUAUACCAAACAUUGGUUGAUUCAUACUACUAAAAUCCUAUUGAUUAGCAGUCAGUGUCUCUUUUUCUUGUUCCUUUUUCAAGUUAAUUUCCCAGGAUCUUCUCAGUGUUAUUUUAUUGAUUGUUGCUUAAUCAUGGUAACCUGUUGUUAGUCUAACAACAAUUGUAUAAAACCUCGAGUGAGGAAAUGGGGCAGUGCAUGCAGAAAGGAAGAAAGCCGAAGCCCCUGAAGGAAAACAGAAGGAAAAGAAGAAGAAAAGAUGGAAGCCAACACCACCAUUCCUCUGCUCAGUCCAUAUAGAUUGGGAAGAUUCAACCUCUCUCAUAGGGUAGUUUUGCCACCAUUGACAAGAUGUAGAUCAUACAACAAUGUACCCCAACCACAUGCGAUCUUAUACUGCUCUCAACGUGCAACCAAUGGUGGAUUGCUUAUUGCUGAAGCAACUGGGGUUUCUGAUCCUGCUCAAGGUUACUCAAAUACACCUGGAAUUUGGACAAAAGAGCGAGUGGAAGAAUGGAAACCGAUUGUGGAAGCUGUUCAUGCCAAGGGAGGCAUCUUCUUUUGCCAGAUUUGGCAUGUUGGCCGUUGUUCUACUUAUGGUUAUCAGCCUAAUGGUGAAGCUCCAAUCUCUUGCACUGACAAAGGGGUGACACCAGGCCUUGAUGGAGUAGAUUGGUCUCCCCCUCAUAGAUUAACCGAUGUUGUCAAUGAUUUCAGGCUUGCUGCUCGCAAUGCCAUUGAAGCAGGAUUUGAUGGGGUUGAAAUUCAUGGUGCAAAUGGUUACUUAAUCGAGCAGUUCCUGAAAGAUGGAAUAAAUGACAGAACCGAUGAGUAUGGUGGAAGCUUGGAAAACAGGUGUCGAUUUGCACUCGAAGUAGUUGAAGCUGUGACAAAUGAAAUAGGAGCAGACAAGGUCGGGCUGAGAAUAUCACCUCACAGCGAUUUCAUGGAGGCUGUUGACUCAAACCCUGAAGCAUUAGGUGUCCACAUAGCAAAUGCAAUCAAUAAGUUUAACAUUCUUUAUCUUCACGUGAUUGGACCUCGGAUGAUUUUAGUAAAUGGCAAGCUUGAAACUCCUCACAGCCAUCUCCCCAUGAGGAAAGCUUUCCAGGGGACUUUGAUUGCCUCCGGAGGCUAUGGCAGAGAAGAUGGUAACAAAGCUGUGGCUGAUAAUUACACGGAUUUGGUUUCCUUCGGGCGAUUGUUCUUGGCUAACCCGGAUCUGCCAAGGCGGCUCGAGCUGGAUGCUCCUCUGAACAAGUACAAUCGCAGCACUUUCUACAUUUCUGAUCCUGUCCUAGGCUACACUGAUUACCCAUUGCUUGAAACCUCUACUUGACUUGAAAUUUGAUUCUUACAUGUACAAGGAAGAAAAAUGUCUGUUUUCUGUUUCUGUAAUUGUGAUUUUCAUGGAAAUUUUGGGUAUGGAAAUUGAAGGGCUGAAGGAGCAAGUGAUGAAUGUCAUUCUCCAAGUGAAUCAAUAAAAACUUGUUCAAGUUAA